AUGAGCAGCUCGGACUACUCGUACGAUGAACAGGGCCAGUUCUUCCCUUUCUUCAUCUUGACCGUCACCGGCCUGGUCACCCUUCCCUUGACAUACAGUCUUUUCCGUCGAAGCACCGAUGACGAUGCGCUUGCGCCGCGCAUCUCGUCCGAUUACAAAACAAAGCAUGGCGAUGUCGUAGCGUCGCUGCGCAAGGCGCAGAAGAGGAAGCAGAGGAAGAUUAAGCGGGCGAUCUUCGUUGUUCUAGGAUGGGCGCUCAUGGCGGGCAUGGUCUACCUUAUUGUUGUCACACAGAGAAUCGUUCCCAAGAUUUGGAAUCCCUACGAUAUUCUGGGCAUCGCAGAGUCCUUUACUGAAAAACAAAUCAAAUCCCAUUACAAGAGACUCUCCGUCAAAUUCCACCCGGACAAGGUUAGGCCGGACCCCUCCAAGAACGAGACUCUGGAGAUGCUCAACGACCGAUACGUUGAACUCACAAAAGCCUACCAAGCCCUGACGGACGAGGAUGUACGAAACAACUACAUCCAAUACGGCCACCCCGAUGGUAAGCAGAGCUUCAGCAUCGGCAUUGCGCUACCUCAGUUCAUCAUCGCCGAGGGCAACGGCAAAUAUCUGAUUUUGCUCUACACCGGUCUUAUGGGUAUUCUGCUUCCCUAUCUGGUUGGCUCGUGGUGGUAUGGUACCAAGCGGAUGUCAAAAGAAGGCGUCCUGAUGGAAAGCGCCAACCGCCUAUUUAGACACUACAACGAGGAGAUUGAUGAGGGUGGUAUUAUUACUGCUCUUAGCACUGGCAAGGAAUUCGAGGCCGUCCUCAAGGGAGACCAAGCCGAAUCUGGCCUUUCAAAAAUCGAGUCUCGAAUUUCAGCAGAGGGCGAAAGCUCACCAUUCGCAUGCGGUUUCUCUACUAAGGAUAAGGAAAAGCUCGAAGACCUCGACAGCGGCGUACGACGCAAGGUGCUUGCCUUACUGUGGGCCUAUCUUGGUCGCGUCGAGCUCGAUGACCCUGCACUGACAAAGGCAAAGUUCGAAGUUGGCGCAAUUGCCCGUAAACUGAACCAGUCUUUCGCUGCGAUUGCAUUGGCAUUUGGCAACAUUGGCCCCAUCGCAGGAUCGUUCAAGGCCAACCAGCAUCUCAUCCAGGCAGUUUCUCCCAAGUCAUCUCCUCUCCUCCAGCUCCCUCACAUCAACGACAAGGUGGCCGCGGCCAUUGAAGGCGAUUCGAAAAUCCACCUGACUGUUCAGCAAUUUAUGGACCGCCCCGACGCCGAGCGAAGACAACUCGCUGUUGGCAAGGAUCUCCUUACCGCAGAGCAGUACAAGGAAGCCAUCAGUGUCGGAAAGCAGCUUCCUUUCUUCCGUGUUGCCAAGGCAUUCUUCAAGGUUACUGGCGAAAAGGUCAUCAUUCCUUCGUCUCUCGUCACUCUGGUCAUCAAGGGCCGUUUCAUCCCUCCCGGUACCGAGAACAUUCCAGCUAUCGAUGAGGUUUCCUUGGAAGAUAUCGAUGCCGCUGAAGAUGAUAUGGAUGCUAUUCUGGGCCGCAAGAAGAAGAUUGUCAAGGGCCCUGAUGGCAAGCCCGUCGCCGUUGAGGAGAACUCUGCCCUGCCACCUUUGACUUUUGCACCCCACUACGCCCGAGACCACUCCCCCAAGUGGUACGCCUUCCUCAGUGACUCCAAGCAGGACAAGAUGGCCGUUCCUCCUUUUACCUUUGACAAGUUUGAUCAGCCAAUUUUCACCGAAGACGGCAAGCCUACUUUCAACAUGGUAGCUCUCAAAGCUCAAUUCGCCGCUCCUCCUCAGCCUGGCCACUACACUUUCUGCAUGCACGUCAUCUGCGAUUCUUACGUCGGUUUCGAUACCAAGAUGGAAGUCACCCUUGUUGUGGAAGACGCUAGCAAGGCGGCUGAGAUGGAGGCUGAAGACGAAAUCAGCGAACCCGAAGAAGAUUCUAUUGCUGGGCAAAUGCAGGCUCUCAAGGGCCAACCUACUGGCGAGGCUCCCAAGCCUAAGCGGAAGCAGGAUAGCUCUGACGAAGAGUCCGGCACAGAUGAAGAGGAGGAUGACGCGAGUGACACGAAUACUGAUACGGAAGAUGAGAGCUGA